AUGAACCUACGUUUCGUUGGUCUUCUCCAGUCAAGCACCGACAAUCACCUAGGCGUAGCGCGCGAGCGACUCGAACGUAGUGACGGCAAAGUCGUCCCGGUCGUUACACGUGUAGAUGCCCGCGUUCCAGCUGCUCGACAUGCGCACACAACGCCCGCUGUUGUUGCUGAUCGGAGUGAUCCCGAACCAAGUGCAUCCCUAGCGAUGCGGCUCCGGAUGACAUAUAUAUCUUCCUUGACGGCGAAUAGGGGCCCGCUCGUGCCGUCGAGGCAAAUCAGUCCAUGGGCAACCGGUCGGGGAAGAGGUGUCAGAAACAGGCAGAACAUGUUGAUCUGUGAUCUGAAGGAGUGGGGGAGAUGGGCGAAACGCACUUUCCAUGGGCUGAUCCAGUACCGAGGUUCCACGUUUGCGAUUUCGGUGGCGAUUCGGACGUCGGAUGGGAGAAGUGCCUGUGAUAUGUUAAAUGGUGUGCUUUCAAUUGGUUUACGCUCAAAUUAA